AUGGAGAAGGAAGCCUUGAAAUCAUAUAUGCCAAAAGCACCAUUCCCUCAAAGGCUCAAAGGUGGUGCUAAAGAGAAAAAGUAUUCUAGGUUUCUGGAUACAUUUAAGUCUCUUCAUAUCAAUAUUCUAUUCAUUGAAGCCCUCCAACAAAUGCCCUCAUAUAUCAAAUGCAUGAAGGAGUUGCUAACCAAGAAGAAUCCCUUAAAGGGUGGGCAGAUAGUAGUGAUGACUAACGAGUGCAGUGCCCUCAUCCAGAAGAAUUUGCCCACAAAGAAGAAGGACCCAGGGAGUUUUCACAUCCCUUGUGCUAUAGGGGAUACAAUGAUUGACAGAGGGUUUUGUGAUCUUGAAUCGAGCAUAAAUUUAAUGCCCCUAUCUCUCAUGACGAAGCUGCAAAUCAAUGAGUUGAAAUCCACAAACAUAACCCUUCAACUAGCUGACAAAACCCAAAAACAAGCACUAAGAGUGGUUGAAAAUGUGCUGGUGAAGGUAGGGAGGUACUUUCUCCCUACAGACUUUGUUGUUCUUGAGAUGGAAGAAAGCUAUCUUCGUCCAAUCAUUCUGGGGAGACCAUUCUUGGCCACAGCUAGAGCACUCAUAGAUGUUGAACAAGGGGAGUUAAUAUUGAGAAUACAUGAUGAACAACUCACAUUUCAUGUCUUCAAGCCCUCACAUGAAUCUGAACAAGAUAACAAAGACCUGAAGGAUGAUCAUAAGGAAGCAUUCUUGGAGGAAACAAGUAGUGAAUCACAGGCAGAGCCUCUGAAGACAUCCUUGGUGAAAAAACAAGAAGUCCAAGUGGUACAGUAA